UGACUGUGUAAAUACAUGAAAAAUAAAGCAGUUCUUAAAAGUUUACCAUGUAAUAAGAAUAUGAAAUAUUAUUCAUGACUUACGAAAGAUUUUAGGGUUUUUUUGAUUAGAAUAGCAGGAUACCUAAAGCCAUAUUUAGUUCUGAUUUUAUCCUUAGUAAAUAAAAAAGGCUCAAAGGACUUGUAAAUGUUAUAUUAAUGAUGAAUUAGAAGGUGUUUAUGUGGAUAUACAUGUAUUGUCUGUAAAUGCAUGUGCAUGUGCGUGAAUGGAUGUGUCUCUGUAAUGGUUGGAAAAUUAUUCAAUAUAUAGAGUAAAAUUAUUUCUACAAGUUAAUAAUGUUAAAUAUUAGCAAUUUCUUAGGAUUUGAUAUGACAUGAAUCAUAGCUUCUGACCAUCCAGUGUUAUCGUUAUUAAAUAAAUGUAUAUAUUUUUCUAUUUACUUAGUCUUCAUGCUUUUGUUUGCCUAAUAUCCUUUGAAACCCAACCUUAUGUAUUAUACAAUCCUAUUAUUACAAUUGCUAUUAUAUUACUCCCUGGAAACAUACUUUUCUAAACUAAUUCAUGUGAUUAAUGUCUCAGAUUAUUCAGUGGUGUUGCACUGGUAUAAAAUCUUACUGGGAAUAUCUGGAACCCUGAAUGGUAUUCUGGCUUUGACUUUGAUCUCCCUGAUCCUAUUGGUUUCUCAGGGAGUAUUGCUAAAAUGCCAAAAAGGAAGUCAUUCAAAUACCACCGAGCAUGAAGAUAUUGGAGACCUAAAAAUGAAUAACGGCACAAGAAGAAAUACAAGUAAUAAGGACCUUUGUGUUUCGAGAUCUGCAGACCAGACAGUACUAUGCCAAUCAGAAUGGCUCAAAUACCAAGGGAAGUGUUAUUGGUUCUCUAAUGAGAUGAAAAGUUGGAGUGACAGUUAUGUGUAUUGUUUGGAAAGAAAAUCUCAUCUACUAAUCAUACAGGACGAACUUGAAAUGGCUUUUAUACAGAAAAACCUAAGACAAUCAAACUACGUAUGGAUGGGGCUUAACUUUACCUCCUUGAAAAUGACAUGGACUUGGGUGGAUGGUUCUCCACUAGAUCCAAAGAUAUUCUUCAUAAAGGGACCAGCUAAAGAAAAUAGCUGUGCUGCCAUUAAGGAAAGCAAAAUUUACUCUGAAACCUGCAGCAGUGUUUUCAAAUGGAUUUGUCAGUAUUAGAGUUUGACAAAAUUCACAGUGAAAUAAUCAGCGAUCACUAUAUUUGGCCUAUUAGUUUCUAAUAUUAAUCUCCAGUUGUAGGAUUUUAAAGUGCAAUUAAAUGCCAAAAUCUCUCUUCUCCCUCUGUCAUUGACACUGGUCUAGCCUCAGAGUAACCCGUUAACAAACUAAAAUGUACCCUUCAAAAUUUUUACUUGAUAGUAUAAACCAAUGUGACUUCAUGUGAUCAUAUCCAGGAUUUUUAUUCAUUGUUUAUUUUAUGCCAAAUGUGAUCAAAUUAUGCCUGCUUUUCUGUAUCUUGUGUUUUAAAUUCUUAAUAAUGUCCUAAGCAAAAUUUCUUAUUUCUAAGUGUUGAAAUAUAAUGUGGAUUUAUACAUUUUUUACCCUUUUAUCAAAGAGAAUUAACUUUGUUUCCAGGCUUUUGAUACUCUGCACUCAGCUACAAUAAACAUCCUGAAUGUUUUCUUAAAUAGUAACACCUUUAUUUCUAUGAUACAAGCCCUAAAAGUAGAAUUUCUAGGUAAAAGUGUUAAAUGUGUUGUUUUAUAUUUUGUACAAUUUUUGUAUGUUGCACUUUUGUUUCCAAAUUUGGAAGCUUUCAAACUUAUAAGAAGAUACUAGGUGCAGAAAAAGAACAUACUGCUUUUCUUGAACCUCUUGAGAAUUACUUGCCAAAUUGAUGCAUUUUAUUAUAACAUUUCAUUUGUUAUUGGAUACUUUUUGUGUAUUUCCUUCCAAAAAAGGGGCUUUCUCCCACAUAACCACAAUAAAAUUAUGAAAUUCAGCAAAUUUACACUGACAUAGAACUAUCAUCUAAUUCUCAAAUUUCCUUCAAGGUUUGCUAUUUGUCAAAAUAAUGUUUUUAGAGUAAAAGCAUCCAGCUUAGAAUCAAUGUCUACAUCUGGUGACUAUCAUCUCUUUAGCCUCCUUCAAUAUGGAAGAGUGCGUGAGUCUUCCUUGACAUUCAUGACCUUGACACUUUUGAAUACUACACGUUGAUUAUUUCGUAAAAUGUUCUUCAACUGAAAUAUUCUGAUUGUUUCUCAUGGUUAGAUUCAAGUUUUAUCUUCUUGGUAGAAAUGGCAUAGAAGUGAUGUAGUGAAGCUUGGUCUCUGAAUCCUUUCAGGUGGUACACAGUUUUAUUUGUUCCAUUAUUGAUUAUAUUUAUUUCAUUCACAUGAUUGAUGUAACUUCUGCUUGAAUUCACUGUAAAGUUAUUAUUUUCUCAUUGUAAUUAAUGCAUAUUUUGGGGAAGUGACUGAGAUGGCCUUAAUAUCCCCUUCAGCUUGGGGCUACAUUCUUCUUUUUUUUUAUACUUUCAGUUCUGGGAUACAUGUGCAGAAUGUGCAGGUUUGUUACACA